CACGUCCCUCCCGGUGUACACGGAUGGCCUCCUCCGCUCUGCUGCUGCUGCUACUUGUCCUGCCGGUCCCGCUGCCGGCCGCCGACCCUUCCCACCCCUCCCUGGUCAUUGCCCUCCUCGCCCGCAAUGCGGCUCAUGCUUUGCCCUACAGCCUGGGGGCGCUAGAGAGACUGGACUACCCCAAGGAGCGCAUCUCUGUCUGGUGUGUCACUGACCACAAUGAAGACUCGACCAUUGAUGUUCUGCAGGAUUGGAUGGAGGCGGUGCGGCCAUUAUAUCACUCCGUGGUGUGGACAGCACAGGAAAUGCCCAGGUGGUACGCUCAGGAGACUAGCCCAAAGCACUGGCCCAAAGAGCGCUAUGAGCACAUUAUGAAGCUGCGGCAGGAGGCCCUAAACUACGCAAAGGAGAGCAAAGCCGACUUCAUCCUGUUUACUGAUGCAGAUAACGUGCUGACCAAUGAGCAAGCAAUACAACUGCUUGUGGCGGAGAAUAAAACCUUGGUCGCCCCCAUGUUGGACUCCCAGACGGGUUACUCUAACUUCUGGUGUGGAAUAACACCCCAGGGAUUUUAUCGCCGGACGCCAGAUUAUUUCCCAACCAAGAACCGCCAAAGAACUGGCUGUUUCCAGGUGCCCAUGGUCCAUUCCACCUUCCUCCUGGACCUCCGUAAAGAAGAGAGCCACAAGCUGGCCUUCUAUCCUCCCAGUCCUAAUUACACCUGGACCUAUGAUGACAUCAUCGUCUUCGCCUUUUCCUGCCUGGCAUCAGGAGUACAGGGCUACAUAUGUAACCAACACCGCUACGGUUAUGUCAACAUCCCAGCCCUGCCGCAUCAGGAAAUUGAAGACGACAAGCUGAAUUUUGUCCACCUUACACUGGAAUCUAUGGUGGAAGGAUAUCCAUUUAUUUCCUCCCAAUAUGUGACUCCUCUGCCAAAGCAUCCUGACAAAAUGGAGUUUGAUGAGGUAUUUCUGAUUAAUCUGCUCCGCCGCCCUGAGCGUCGGGAAAGAAUGUUGCGCUCUCUUUAUGAGCAGGAGAUCUCCUGCCGUGUGGUGGACGCUGUCGAUGGAAGUGCCUUGAACAGCAGUGACAUCAAACGUAUGGGCGUGAAUCUGCUACCGGGAUUUUAUGAUCCAUUCUCAGGUCGGACUCUUACCAAAGGGGAGGUGGGCUGUUUUCUGAGCCAUUACAAGAUCUGGCAAGAGAUUGUAGAUAAACAGCUGGAAGUGACUGUAGUGUUUGAAGACGACGUACGUUUUGAACCGUUCUUCAAGAGAAAGAUGAUCCGUCUCUUGGGUGAUGUUCGUACAGCCCAGCUGGAUUGGGACUUGAUAUACAUUGGGAGAAAACAAGUCACGACAGACCCUGAGAAGGAGGUGGAGAAUGUGCGGCAUUUGGUGGUGGCAGAUUAUUCCUACUGGACCCUGUGUUAUAUGAUCUCCCUGCAAGGGGCACAGAAAUUGCUGAAUGCUGAGCCAUUAUCGAAAAUGCUCCCGGUGGACGAAUUCCUGCCAAUUAUGGCGGACACACACCCAAAUGAGAAGUAUAAAAGCUAUUUCUCCAACCGAAACUUGAGAGUGUUCUCUGUACAGCCACUCCUCGUCUUUCCAAUCCAUUACACUGGAGAACCCAACUGGCAGAGUGACACCGAGACCUCCACCCUCUGGGAUGAUGACAAGGUGCGGACGGAUUGGAGCGGAUCGCAGAAGACUCUUAAGGAUUCAAGGAGAAACGUACAUAGCGGGAUGCAGUCCGUGUCACGAGACGAACUGUGAUUUAAGACAUUCAGUGAACAGUUUUCAUUGGUGCUUGGUACAUCUAUUGUAGC